AUGGAAAUUGACAGUCCACAGCCUGUCAAACCAAAGGUUAGAGUCAUUAAAAAGGUUAUCAAGAAGAAGCCUUUGUCAUCAUCCAACAACUCAUCACAAUCAACUAUAACCACUGCUGGUGUCGCUCGAAAGAAUGCUCCCUCCUCUUCCUCGACGACUGAACCAAUCAUUCAAGAGGACGGCGUUAUGCCUCCCAACCAAGGACUUGAAAGAAAAAAGGAAGAGUUUAGAAAGCAACUGACCGAAAAGGUCAAGGUUGAAAAGAAGACCUUUGAGAUUCAGUCCUAUCUUAUUGAUAUCUCUGUUUCUGAUGCUGAACUUAAACAAUAUGCAAUCUUUUUACAACCAAAUCAUUAUGAUGAUAUAGUAUUGGAACGUGCUAUAUCUAAACUUUGUGGAUUUCCAAAUUGCAAGAAUCAAAUCAAACCAAAUCAAAAUACACAUAAAUAUAUCAUAUCAACAAAGGAUCAAAAAGUAUACGACCAAAGUGAACUAUCCAACUAUUGUAGUACCGACUGUUUGACAAAAUCAAAGUUUUAUAGAUUUACUCUUGAUCCCACACCUGUACAUCUUAGAAAUAUCGACCCUGACACUUUUAGUAUCAAACCAGAGGAUAAUAUAAUUGAAAAUAUAGAAAAUAAUUUAAAGAUUGUAGAAAAUGAAUCAGCGUCCAAGACACCAUUAAAUAUGAAAUUUGGUUCAAUUAAUAGUGAUACACCUGUCAAUAGUAAAAUAGUAUUAAACAAGCCGCUAGUACCCAUUGCUACUCCUGUUGCUCCUGCUGCUGCUGCUGUUGUUGUUUCUACGCCGCCGCCACCACAGAUAACGACGACAAAUAUAGUAGUAGAAGAUGUAGAUAUGAAAACAACACCAAAAAUGACAAAAAGAUUUGGUAAUGGAGGUAGUAGCGGGUCACUAUCAUCAUUGCCAAAAUCGAUUAUUAGUGACGAUGAACAUUUGACGGCAGACGAUAAAUCAUUUACCGAUGCCAUGUCUGAUAAUAUGUCGUUUGGUGGUGAAGACGGCGAUGAGGAUGACGAUGACGGCGCCGAUGACUACUUGUCAACUGGUGACGACCAAGAAUCAGACUCUGAGCAAUCAAUCUAUUGUUUCUACGAGAAACCAAUUACCUCUGUUGGCAAGAAACCAAACCAACCCAUAUCAAACUAUCACUCUGUCUAUUCACCACUUUCAGAAUGGCGUACCAUUGAAACUGAACGAUACUUUAAAUCCACAAAUAACGAUCAUGAACCCGAAACUACAAUCCCACAAACUCCUCAAAUCAAACAAGCUUUACAUCAUUAUUUAUCUUUAUAUUAUCCUGCAAUUUUAAAUGAUAUGAAUAUACAAGAAACAUCAUCAAAGGAACAUUUAAUUGAUUUGGUUGAUACAUUCUCAUUGACCAGACCCAUACCAUCACUUUCAGCGUCACAUUGGAAAAUGGUUGUAUUGGUACUUAUUUAUUCCCUCACUACAAGAUUCGCCUCUCUCAAACAACACUUUGACGCCCACCAACAACGUCUUCAAAGACUACUAAAAGAUUUUGGUUUUGACCAAUAUUAUCUAAAGGUAUUUGUCGAUUUAGUUAUCAAUGGCUAUCAAUAA